AUUUAUCAUCUCAGGAUGCACCCACUGCAAGACCGUCGCAAAAGAAUGGCAUGGGCUGCUGCUAUAGCGAUAUUAUUGCUGGAGUACUAUCGCUCCAGUUAUAGACGGAUACCACGCAUGACGUCCUCUUUUAUUGGGGACAAAUGGGUGGGUGAGAUGCUUGCUGGACAUCCGAUAAGGUUCAGUAAUAUUUUCAGAAUGACUGCGCCUAUUUUUAUCGAUCUGCUACACGAGUUAAGUCGGAACCACCAUCUACAAGGUUCUUCUAGAACAACAACGAGAGAGGUGUUGGCAAUAACAUUAUAUAUGCUCUCACAGAAUGAAUCAGUUAGAGGAGCUAUGGAGCGAUUUCAACAUUCAUCAGAAACCAUUAGUCGAUACUUUUCCAAAGGUUUACAAGCACUGGUGAGCUUAGCAACACAGAUCAUCAAGCCAACGGAUACAUCGUUCGCAAAUAUUCCUGAACAAAUUGCAAAUGAUUCUCGUUACAUGCCGUAUUUCAAAAAUUGUAUUGGAGCAAUUGAUGGCACUCAUGUAGAUGCCAGACUACCAAGUCACGAGAAGAUCGCGUAUAUUGGUCGGAGUGGUACAACCACACAAAAUGUUAUGGCAGUGUGUGAUUUCAACAUGUGCUUCACAUUUGUAAUGGCGGGGUGGGAAGGAAGUGCGCAUGAUAGUCGCCUUUUCUCCUACGCCACUAGGAAUAGAACACAGUGUUUCCCUCACCCACCUCCAGGAAAGUAUUAUUUGGUAGACGCUGGAUAUCCGAUGUUAAGAGGCUACCUAAAGCCAUAUCCAGACACAAGAUACCAUAUUCCUGAUUUCGAGCGAGCAAGUGGCAAUAUUCGUGGCAAAAAAGAAAUGUUUAACAAGCGACACUCCGCUUUACGGGGGUUAUUGAAAGAACUUUCGGGGUGUGGAAGAAGAAAUGGGUAAUUCUACGUGAUAUGCCAUCCUAUUCAUUUCCUAAACAAGUGUAUAUUGUGUUGGCCACCAUGGCACUUCACAACUUCAUCCGACGUCACCCCUCUCAUUCAGAUACGGACUUCAAUAUCAGUGAUGAUGAUGAAAUUAUUGAUACUCUAGAACCUUCAGGAUCUCUAGCUGAUAAUGAGAUGGACUCGAUUGAAUAUGAAACUCAGGAUGGUGAGGGUGCAGUUGAGAUGGCUGCUCUGAGGGAGUCUAUAGCAGAUGCUAUAUAUGAUAGCUAAUCCAGCAAGUCUUUUCUCUGUUCCUACAUUAAUGUUAAAUUUACUUUUAUUUGGAUAAGUACUAAUAUUUUUUUUUCACAGUUAUACAAACAUGACUGCUAGGAUAUCAAGUACAGACAGAGGUAUUUUGUGUUAUUGUGGUCUACCGGCUCCGUUGCUCACAUCGCGUCAGUCUCGUAGCUUUGGGAGGCAGUUCUACGGUUGUGCCAAGGGUGUUUCAGCUCGUUGUGGGUUCUUCCGGUGGGCUGACAGUCCCUCAUAUGACACGGCCAGCAGUCAUGGGAAUCCGGUGUUUUCUGACUUUGACAGAGCAGAUGAGGACAGACGUAGCCAGAGUCUGAAAUUAAACAUUUUAAUAUUUCUGAUUCUAGUUGUACUCGUAUUUGUACUUUUUUUAGUUAUCUUGGUACUCAUGAGGGUGUGAGUAAUGUAUGACAUCUUCUACUUAUGAUCUGUGAUGAUUUCAUGUUUCUGCAUAUGAUCCAGUACUAUCAGUAAGCUAUUCUGAAUAAGCUGCCCCAAACAGUUCUAUUACAAAGGGGCAUGAAUGUCAUUUAAUCAUCAAUAAGCCAUCUUGAAUAAGCUGCCCCAAACAACAAGACAGAUUAUUCUGAUA